CUCUUCUCGCGAGGCCUUUUAGGCCCGAAUGUCGUUAGCUGUGGAGAAAGAUGGCGGAAAAUUUAAAAGGUGAAGCUGUGGUGGUAGAGACGCAAGCUACUGGCCCGGCCGAGUAGAAUGGAGGGAAGGUGUCCAGGGUUCCGAGCCGGGCGUCCGGAGCCACGGAACCUGGAGCUAGAAGGCCGGCGCGGAAAACGUGGGGCCCGAGAGCGCGGGCCGGGCGCGCGGGCAGGGCGGGGCUGAGGGGAGGGGGCGCGUGCUUCGGCCGCGGGGGGCGCGGGGCUGCGCAGACUGCGCGCGGGGUUUCUCGGCCGCGCGCGGCUGGCCGGCGCGCCUACGCGCGUGAGAGAGUCCUGAAGAGAAGGUUGCGGCCACGCGCGGGAAAAGCGGCUCUCAGUGACCGUUACCCUUUCGGUUUCCACGGGAGACGCCGGAAGGGGAGGAAGAAGUGGAACGGACCCCCUUCUCAAAAUGGGGGAACCGGCGACUCUAGGUUGCAGUGUGUGCUGUAAAUCUUCCUGGAAUCAGCUGCAGGAUCUGUGCCGACUAGCCAAGCUUUCUUGUCCUGCCCUUGGUGUUUCUAAGAAGAAUCUGUAUGACUUUGAAGUUGAAUACCUGUGUGAUUAUAAGAAGAUCCGUGAGCAGGAGUAUUACCUGGUUAAAUGGCGUGGGUAUCCUGACUCAGAGAACACCUGGGAGCCACGGCAGAAUCUCAAAUGUGUGCGCAUUCUUAAGCAGUUCCACAAGGACUUAGAAAGAGAGCUUGUCCGGCGACACCGCCGGUCAAAGCCACCCAGGCAUCUGGACCCAAACUUAGCCAAUUACCUGGUGCAGAAGGCCAAGCAGAGGCGGGCACUGCAGCGUUGGGAACAAGAGCUCAAUGCCAAGCGCAGCCAUCUGGGGCGGAUCACUGUGGAGAAUGAGGUAGACCUGGAUGGCCCUCCAAGGUCCUUUGUCUAUAUCAAUGAGUAUCGAGUUGGUGAGGGCAUCACCCUCAACCAGGUAGCUGUUGGCUGUGAGUGCCAGGACUGUCUGUUGGCACCCACUGGAGGCUGUUGCCCUGGAGCAUCCCUGCACAAGUUUGCCUACAAUGACCAAGGCCAGGUGCGACUGAAAGCUGGGCAGCCCAUCUACGAGUGCAACUCUCGCUGUUGCUGUGGCUAUGACUGCCCAAACCGUGUAGUCCAGAAAGGCAUCCGCUACAACCUCUGCAUCUUCCGCACUGAUGAUGGCCGAGGCUGGGGUGUCCGCACGCUGGAAAAGAUCCGCAAAAAUAGCUUUGUUAUGGAGUAUGUGGGAGAGAUUAUUACCUCAGAGGAGGCAGAGCGGAGGGGCCAGAUCUACGACCGCCAGGGCGCCACCUACCUCUUUGACCUGGACUACGUGGAGGACGUAUAUACCGUGGAUGCCGCCUAUUAUGGCAACAUCUCUCACUUUGUCAACCAUAGUUGUGAUCCCAACCUGCAGGUGUACAACGUAUUCAUAGACAACCUUGAUGAGCGACUACCCCGCAUCGCAUUCUUUGCCACAAGAACCAUCUGGGCGGGCGAGGAGCUCACCUUUGAUUACAACAUGCAAGUGGACCCCGUGGACAUGGAGAGUACCCGAAUGGACUCCAACUUUGGCCUGGCAGGGCUCCCCGGCUCCCCCAAGAAACGGGUCCGUAUUGAAUGCAAAUGUGGGACAACAGCUUGCCGAAAAUACCUCUUCUAGCCCUGAGAAGUCUGAGGCCAGACUAACUGAAGGGGCCUGAAGCCACCUUCCUCUUCUCUACUGCUACCCUCUUGUCAAGAAUGACCAUCAAUCAGAGCCUUGUCUGCCUCCACUUGUCCUCACCUGCCCCAACCUGCUCCAGGGUCAGGGCUGUUGUGAGGACUAACUCCCGGUACCCUUUCCCUGUUCCUUUCCCCUAUCCAGGCCCAUCAGGCAUUGCACUUAAAACUCCCAGCCCCAUUUUCAGAAGCAUAUUUUUCACAUCAGGAUUCCCUAGAUUUGGAAUUCAUGUCAAUGGAGGUCCAAAGACUGAAAAGACUGAGCAACUCAGCCCCAAAGCAGAUUUUUUUCUCUGCAGCUCUAUGUAGUUAGUUCAGGCUGGCGUUGGACCUUUAAUCCUCCUGUCUCAGCUUUCCUCAUGAUGAAAUUAUAGGUGUAAACCCAGCUAAUUGUAUCUGCUAAUUUUCUAAUUGUAUCUGCUUCAGCUCUGAGCCCGAGUGACCUGUUGCAGGCCUCUUCACUGCUCUAUGAGGAAGCAACCCCUAGGCAGACAGACAUCAGAGCUGAGAUACCAGCCCAACAUCAAACUGGAUCAGCAACCACGGGGCCUUUGUACUCAUGAAAGAAAAGGCAAUCUCCAGAAAGGCUGAUUCUGCUCAUUGUGCUUUUAAUGCUGGCUAAUACUAACCUUAAGACGCAUAGGGUUGCAAAGAGAGUUGCAGGUCUGAAAAGUAGUUGCCCAAAUCCCAUCAGAAUGGGAAUGAAGUAAAUACCUCUUUGAAAGCCCCUCAGAAGGGUUAGAACUAAGUUUUACCAUCAGGAAGUAGAGUGCUGGGCUUACUGGAAACCCAGCCAUGGCAUUUGAUGGCCACUAGAAUUAGAAGCUGGAACCAAGAUCUAGGUAUUCUGUAGAAAGCACUUAAAAAGACAAUAACGUGCAUCGAUUAGAAGGUGAUGUGAUGCCAGGCACUUGGUAGAGCACCUGGUCCAUAUGGAUUGUCUCAGGGAAGCCUUGAAAACCACAGAGGUGGAGCCCAGGAAAAAGCCCAUGUGACAGAAGGCAAUGUCUAGGCCUAAAAUACUUGUCAGCUCCAAGUAUUCACCUGGGUCCACUUGUCUCAAAGUUAACUGCCUAGAGUUGUACAAAAGGCAAAGAUUCUGAUGGCUGCCUUGUCCCCUGCUUCCCCACCUCCAGGAAGCUUUUCCUGAGUUCCUAUACCCAGAGUACCCCUUUGUGAAACUCUGUACCCUGCUACCAGAUGCCAGGUCUGUGUGUGUAUUUUGUAUAUAUGUGUCCUGCCCACACUCCCCAGGCUGACCUUCAGGCAUGGACUGAAUCUGGUUUUCUGUGUACCCUCCUCAGCCCUCUCUAGCCUGGAGUGCACACCAAUAAACUUUGUUGUUGAAUUAAUAAGCUGGAGA